GGAGCGGCGGGGGGCGGGGCAGCCCCGGGCCGCGGCGCGCGGCGGGGCCGAACCGGAGCCGAGCCCGGGGCGGGACCGGAGCCGAACCGAGCCGGGACCGGGGCCGGGACCGCACCAGGGCGGCCCAGACCGCCGAGCCGGGCCGGGGGCUGGAGCCGGUGCCGCUCGGUGCUGCUCCUGUUCAGCCCGGAUCAGGCAGGGCUGGCCCGGGCCGGCCCGGUCCCGGCAGGGCUGGCCCGGGCUGGCCGGAUUCAGCUUCUCCGGUUGGGUCCGGCUUGGUCCGGUCAGGUUUGGCUCAGUUGGGUCCCGCUCAGUCUGGUCUGGUCCAGCUUGGUCUUGUAGGGUCGGGCUCGGUCCAGUUGGGUCCAGACAGGUCAGGUCCAGCUCGGUCUGGCUGGUCUGAGUCAGGAUAGGACAGGUCUGAUGCAGUCCAGUUAGGUCUGGCUUGGUCUGGUCAGGUCCAGCUCGGUCUUGUAGGGUCGGGCUCGGUCUGGUUGGGUCCAACCAGGUCAGGUCUGGCUUGGUCUGGUCAGGUCCAUCUGGGCUGGGUCAGGAUAGGACAGGUCUGGCUUGGUCCAGUCAGGUCUGGCUUGGUCUGGUCAGGUCCAGAUUGGUCUUCUAAGGUCAGGCUUGGUCCGGUUGGGUCCAGCCAGUUAGGUCUGGCUUGGUCUGGUCAAGUCCAGCUCAGUCUGGCUGGGCUAGGUCAGAAUCAGACAAGUCUGGCUUGGUCCAGUUAGGUCUGGCUUGGUGUGCUCAGGUCCAGCUCCGUCUUGUAGGGUCAGGCUUGGUCCAGUAGGGUCCAACUCGGUUUGGUUGGGCCCAGCUUGCUCUGCUUGGGUCCAUUCAAGACCGGUUGGGCCUGGCUGGGGCCGCUUGGUGCCAGGCGGGCCUAGCUGAGGCCUCCCAGCUCUGCCAUGGGGGAGCUGGGGCUGGGCCGGGAGUUCCACACGUGGCACGAGUUCAGCUGCUUCUUCGACGAGUGGUGCGAGCGCCACAAGGUGCUCUUCAUCAUCGCCAGCCUGAAGCCGCUCGUCUCGCUGCGCCGGCACCCGCUGCACGCCCAGCCCAGCCUGGCCGAGACGCUGCGCUUCCGCUUCGUCCGCCUCAUCUGCAAGCACAGCGGCACCUACGUGGGCCAGAGCACCGUGCAGCGCAACCGGCUGAGCGAGAAGAUCGACUGCCCGGCUUCGGUCACGCUGCGCCUGGGCCCCAAGAAGGACCGGCUGGUGGUAAUCGAGGCCAGCCUGGAGCACAACCACCGCCUCUCCGAGGUGGAGUUCGCCCACUACUUCAAGAGGCACCAGCUGGAGGCCAGCAUGGGGCUGCCCAUCCGCAUCACCAACAGCGUCUCCAAGCGCUUCCUGGCCCCCGACCUGGUUUGGAACUUGGAGGACUACAGCAAGGCCAAGGACAAGGGCAUGUGCGAGCUCCUGAGCCAGCUGGACGGGCUCUUCAAGAGUGACCCGGGGGCCAAAGUCAAGCUGGUCUUCCAGGAGGACGUGGCGGUGCUCAACAGCAUCUUCCUGGCCACCUCGCACAUGCGGAGCCUGGUGCAGCGCUUCCCCCGCUGCCUCUACAUGGACCGAGCGGCCUGCGUGAACGGUGAGUUCGACCUCUACUCCGUGCUCUGCGAGGACGCCAACGGGCGCGGGCGGGAGUGCGCCUACUGCGUGGCCCGCCGCGGCGUGCCCGACCUCGUCCUCUUCAUCGUGGCCUCGCUGGUGCAGAGCGCCCCGGCCAUCAAGCUCCAGGUGCGGUGCCUGACGGUGGGGGCGGGCGUCACGGACGUGGACGCCGUCGAGGAGGUGCUGCCCUGCGCCCGCGUCCAGAUCUGCCGCCUCCAGGUGCUCGAGGCGCUCUACCGCAAGGCCCGCGAGCUCGCCGCCCCCAAGGAGGACAAGGUGCGCAACCUGCUGCACAACAUGGCCAACGCCAGCUCGCCCCGCGUCUACAGCCAGUACCUGAGCGACCUGGAGGACGCGGCGCCCCUCGCCUUCCUGCGGUACUACCUGGAGACGUGGCACCACAACAAGGGCAUGUGGGCCGAGUGCUGGGCUUUCGAGCGCAACCGCGACUGCCCCUUCCUCGAGCACAUGAGUUUCCAUCGGCAGAAGCUCUGCUCGGCGCUGGGGCCGCCCCUGGGGCUGGCCGCCUGCGUGCGGGGGCUGCUGGACCUGCAGGCGCUGCGGGUGGAGGUGGCCGCCCUCAACGAGGAGCGCGUCUCCGACCUCUACCGGGCCGCCUGCCCGCCCGAGAGCGCGGCCCUCGUGGCCGAGGAGCUGGGGCUGGCCAAGCACGCCGACUACCGCGUCGACGAGGUGCCCGACGGCUUCCUCCUCCACGGCGCCGGCUGCUCCUUCGUGGUCAGCCCCGACCUGGCCGCCUGCAGCUGCUCCAUCUACGUCUCCAGCCGCCGGCCCUGCCGCCACGUCUUCGCCGCCCGCCUCUGGACCGGCCAGCCCCUCUACGACCCCGGGCUGCUGCCCUCGCCCCGGGGCCUCGAGGGGCAGGACACCUCCUAGCCCCCCGCAUCCUGGGGUGGGUGGCGGGCGGGCGAGCACCUAGGGGUGCUGCUGGACACGGACUGUGCUGCCCGCGGGGGGCUCUGGGGGUGGCCCCUUCCUGGACUUCCCCCAAUAAAAGGCCCUUUAGAUGCC